GGGAGGAAGCGGGAGAUACGGCCAACUGUCAUGACGCCGGGUUAAAAACAUGAGUUUACGUGGGUUCAGGAAACAAAAAUGGUUAUUAUGGAUAAUUGCUUUAUUUUUUUUUAUUUUCCUCUAUUUUCUUGCGAUCUCCUUACCAAGUAGCACUUCAGAGCUUUGUAAUUGCUCCAAAACGCGCGUAGAACAUCAGUUAUACGCCGGGGAGUCGAAAAGUGAAAUUCUAGACCAUCCACAGAGAAGAAAUCACCUGGCUGUUAUUGUCCCUUUCAGGGAUAGAUUUGAGGAACUCCUUGAAUUUGUUCCACAUAUGCACCGGUUUCUCUCAAAUCAAAGUGUGACACAUGACAUUUUUAUCGUUAACCAGAAAGAUCAUUUCAGAUUUAAUCGAGCUUCCUUAAUAAAUGUUGGAUUUGUACAUAUUGAGUCAUUGGAGAAAUUUGACUAUAUUGUAAUGCAUGAUGUGGACUUACUUCCUGUCAACCCACAACUCAAAUAUGUUAACCCGGGUGAUGGGUUUGCACUUCAUAUUGCUAGUCCAAAACUUCAUCCCAAAUACCACUAUGAAACAUUUGUUGGUGGGAUACUGAUCCUCACAACCAAUGACUAUAAGAAACUCAAUGGACUCAGUAAUAAGUAUUGGGGCUGGGGUCUAGAAGAUGAUGAAUUCUAUCAGAGAAUGAAGCAAGGGGCCAUUAAAUUACUAAGGCCAGAAAAUGUAACUCAAACAGAAAAUUGCUUCAGGUUUCACCGACAUAUUAGGAAAUUUGAUUUCUUGGGGGUUACUAGGCCCACUGAGGCUGCUCGUGAUUCUCGUCAAGUCAUGGAUUACUCAGAGCUGACUGAGCGGCUACGUAAAACACUCUAUUAUGGAUCAGUUGCCAAGGCCUCAGCAAGUCUCAAUUCCAGUUUACCACUCACACGUGUAAUAGUGGAGAAGUUUACUGAAACUGAUAGUAACCUCUUCCUGGAGAAACUGUGUUUUGAAUAUGCUGCUGAACUUUCAAGAGAAGCUUGCCUUUCACCCUGUUCUUUGGUCGUGGCCUUGAUUUAUUUGGAUAGGUUAUGCCAAAGUAAUCCAAACUUUGUGUCCUCAAUUCCUUCAUCCAAGUUGUUUCUUAUAUCUGUGAUGGUGGCUUCUAAAUUUCUCAAUGAUGAUGGAGAAGAUGAUGAAGUUAUCAAUUCUGAAUGGGCCAAUAGUGCCAAAAUAGAGUUGUCAGACCUUAACCAAAUUGAAAGACAAUUUCUUCAAGCCAUUGAAUGGCGUCUUUUCGUAGACGAUCAAGAAUUUGCUGAAGCAUUGGCCCGGAUCGAGUUCCGCGUAGCUCAACGUGAGAGCUUAAAACGUGGAUGGCUCACGUAUACUGAUUUGGACAUUCUGGCUCAACGGAAGCUGUUAACAGAUACUUGGGAUGUCGUCUACGACCUAAUAAUCAACGUCUCCGUUGCUUGUAUGACAGCCUACUUGGCUAGCCUGGUUACUCUAGUUGGAUCGGCAAUUGUUGUCUCUUCCUUACCCUGGAACAAUUGUUCAAGCCUUUCCUCACCGCCGUUGGCCACUCCUCCUCCAGCAAUGAGCUCCUCUUUCACGCCAGUAGCCACUUCCAACGCAAGUUCCGCUCUGCCGCAACCAGAAAUUGACGUCAUCGACCCUGAGGUGGAUUUCAGUCGGUUGGCGAUAUCAGAGUUUGCUUUCCAACACCCUGAUUUGGAUUCAGAUGCAUUCUUGAAGGACUUCACGGCAAUUGCACUCGGUUCUUUCUCUCAUCAACCGAAACCACCGUUUCUUAUGACAAAUGAGACGACCAUUAAUGUAACCGUUAAGAAUUUUACCGACCCCCUUGUUUUCCUCCAGCAGAGUUACUGCGCUCUGAUUGGCUCAAUUAUAGGAUUCCAAAGUAACUCGUACGCUCUCUCUCCUCUAUGUUUGACCGUUCACGCCUGAAAAAUGUUGUAACGUGGUUUGCUUAGUUUUACUUAUCUAUUUCGGUUAAUUAAAUUUAAAUUGCUUGUCCCGAAUCCUGUCAACAGUUUCCAUUAAUUGCUGUACCCGGUUGACGUCUAUAUCAUGGUCCCAUCUGCGCAUAUGAAUUAAUAUCAAACGAUGAGUCCUCAUCAUCACAGCUGUAAUCCGUAAUAUUUUUAAAUAUAUUGAAAUUACCUUC